AUCUAACUGAAUAGUUAAACCGCGACCGAUAACAUGGAUAUUGUUAUUUUUAUCGAAACUCUACCAUGUGUGUUUGCGCGAAAAUAUUUGUGUUUCUAGUGAUUGUUGAUGCUGCAAAAUAUUCAACAAAUGCGUCAAAGAAAGGAAGAUCCUCAUCAUCUGGUGAAAAGACACCCAAAAGUUCCGAGGGGACUGUUGAGGACAGUCUGGACUUAUCCAUAGACUCCAAAUCCUCAUCCAAGUCCAAAGAGUCAGAUGACACGAGCAGGGAUUCAACAGUUGAACUCAGAGGAUGGAGAAAGUACCACCGCGUCUGUCCCCCCUGUCCACGAGACAUGGCGAAGAAGCCCACGGACAAGACCAUCAGCUGGGUCUGUGGUGGGUACCAGAAGGCACGGAGGACUUUCAAGAGCGUUUGCAUGAUGCGGCUGAGGAAUUGCCAGGAUGGGACUAUGUUCGUCAAACUGUACGACGGUAUCUGCAAGGCCCCGCGCGACGGCAGCCCCCUCGGCGACCACUUCUUCUACGACAUGAGAGAGAAGGACUCAGAUAUAUCUGAACUCUCAGAUAUGACAGAGAGUAGUGAGAGUAAUGAAGACUAAAAAAUUACA